CAGGCUGGCCGGUGACCCGGGACUCUCCGAUGUAUGUGGGAGAAAGCCAGUGCACUGCAGGCUGAGGUGGAGGGCCUCGCUGUGCGACUGGACGCCCCCUGCAAGUGGGUGACCCUUGGCCCUGCCCAUUCUAUACCCCCUCAGGCUGACUUUCCCACCACGGUGGGGCUGCUGGCCGCGGAGGAGGGGGGCGGGCUGGAGCUGGAGGGGGAGAAAGAGAAGAAAGGGAAGGUCUUCCAUAUAGACACCAACGCCCUGCACGUGCCUCGGGAUGGAGCGGAGGUCAUGUCACCCCUCAAGAAUGGCAUGAUCGAGGACUGGGAGUGCUUCCGCGCUAUCCUGGAUCACACCUACAGCAAACACGUCAAGUCUGAGCCAAACCUGCACCCUGUGCUCAUGUCGGAGGCACCGUGGAACACGCGGGCCAAGCGGGAGAAGCUGACAGAGCUGAUGUUCGAGCAGUACAACAUUCCUGCCUUCUUCUUAUGCAAGACGGCAGUACUUACCGCCUUUGCAAAUGGACGCUCCACGGGUCUCGUGCUGGACAGUGGGGCCACCCACACCACGGCCAUUCCAGUGCAUGAUGGCUACGUCCUCCAGCAAGGCAUUGUCAAGUCACCCCUGGCAGGGGACUUCAUCUCCAUGCAGUGCCGGGAGCUCUUCCAGGAAAUGGCCAUUGACAUCAUCCCGCCUUACAUGAUCGCAGCCAAGGAACCUGUACGUGAGGGUGCCCCCCCAAAUUGGAAGAAGAAGGAGAAGCUACCCCAGGUUUCCAAGUCCUGGCAUAACUACAUGUGCAAUGAGGUGAUCCAGGACUUCCAGGCCUCGGUGCUGCAGGUCUCUGACUCUCCUUAUGAUGAGCAGGUGGCCGCGCAGAUGCCCACAGUGCAUUACGAGAUGCCCAAUGGCUACAACACAGACUAUGGCGCUGAGCGGCUCCGCAUCCCUGAGGGCCUCUUUGAUCCUUCCAACGUCAAGGGGCUGUCAGGGAACACCAUGUUGGGCGUGGGUCAUGUGGUGACCACCAGCAUCGGCAUGUGCGACAUUGACAUUCGCCCGGGCCUCUACGGGAGUGUCAUUGUCACCGGUGGGAACACAUUGCUUCAGGGCUUCACGGACAGACUGAAUAGAGAACUUUCCCAGAAGACCCCACCGAGCAUGCGCCUGAAGCUCAUCGCCAGUAACAGCACCAUGGAACGCAAGUUCAGCCCCUGGAUCGGGGGCUCCAUCUUGGCCUCACUGGGCACUUUUCAGCAGAUGUGGAUCUCCAAGCAGGAAUACGAGGAGGGCGGGAAGCAGUGCGUGGAGCGGAAGUGCCCCUGAGGGCGGAGAAAAGGGCCUGAGAGCGGCCCCCAGCCCCACCGGGCUCUGCUCAUUCUCCAUCCACAGCGCAAAUCCAAGCUCCCUGGUCUCCCAAGACCCCUUCCUCUACCCCUUCCCCCGCGUCCUCUUAGAUUGUGACGUUUCUGAAUCGAAAGGAGUAAAAAUGUUUUAAGA